AUGAAGCCUCUCCUCAUUGUGUUGGUCUUUCUCAUCUUCUGGGACCCAGCGCUGGCAGGCAUGAAUCCAAUAUCAUCAGAAAUACACAAGAAAUGCUAUGGAAAUGGCAUCUGCAGACUUGAGUGCUAUGGAAGUGAAAUGUUAGUUGCCUACUGUAUGUUUCAACUGGAGUGCUGUGUCAAAGGAAACCCUGAUCCCUGA